AUGGGAUACAUUAUGCUUGUUCAUGAAAUCAGCAAAGCCCAGCAUUGGACUGAGCCAUCCCCCCGGGGUUCAUCGCCCCAGCCGCAACCUCCCUGGGCCCCCACCCCAACCCCCCAGGCCCCAAGUUUACAUAACUUGUUACAUCCUUUAACAUCACACAGUUAUGUGACAGAACUAACAGAGCGCAUCAAAGUGAAAUCACCUGAAGGACAAGCAAAGGAAGAGGAAGUGGAUGAAUCUGGAGAAUUUAAAAGGUUCUUCCCAUCAUUCAUUUGGUGCGUGAGGGACUUCACACUCAAGUUAGAGAAGAAUGGCCUGCCAAUUACCGAGGAUCAAUAUUUACUAGAUGCACUGGAACUAAGGAAAGGUAAAUGCAUGAAUUUAUUGCCUCCUACAAGAGGGACUUUAAAUGGCCAUAUGGACAGCCCUAAAUUUGUGACAAGGCCACAAAGGCCCAGGACAAAGAAUUCAUUCAUUAACCCAAAUACACUUCCAAAAUGUUGUUUUUCAGGAGUUGGCAGAAAGGUGCAAGACUACAACCUGCCUCGUCAGUGCAUCCGUCAUUACUUUCAUUCCCACAAAUGUUUUGUGUUUGACCGGCCAGUAUCUACAUCGGAUUCUCUCCAGAGACUGGAAGAACUCCAGGAAUCACAAUUAGAUCCUGAAUUUAAAAAGAAAAUGGCAGAGUUUUGUUCUUACAUCUAUGAGAAUUGUAAUGCUAAAACUCUAGUGGGCGGAUACACAGUGACAGGGAGAUUGCUGGGCAAUCUGGCCGUGUCAUAUACAGAGGCUAUACGGAGCGGUUCUAUCCCCUGUAUGGAGAACUCAGUAAUUGCCCUGGCACAGAUUGAGAAUUCUAGAGCCGUGGAGGAAGCUCUGGCCAAGUAUGAGGAAGAGAUGAGCAAGAACAUUGGCAAAUUCCCUACAGAGACACAGGAAGAGUUUCUCAAUAUUCACCAGGAAUGUGAAAUAGAAGCAACAAAGGUUUUUAUGGGCCUGUCCUUCAAGGAUGAGAACCUGGAAUACCAGACACAGCUCAUUCAUGAACUGACAGAGAAAAAUACCAAAUAUUGUCUAUACAAUGAAGAGGAAUCCACCAAGAAGUGCAAAGCCAUCCUGCAGAAACUGAGUGGGAAUCUGGAGAGAGAUAUAUCAGAGGGAAAAUUCUCCAAACCAGGUGGAUAUAAACAGUUCCUUGCAAAGAAGAAUUCACUGGUGGAUGAAUAUAAGAGAAGCAAAGGCAGAGGUGUAAAGUUCUUUGUAAUCUUUUCUUUUUCUGCUCUUUUCCUUAUUUAUAUACAACAGGCUCUAGAAAUACUACAGGAAUUUCUCACUGAACAGGAAAAGGUAGAAGCGGCAAUUUUACAGGCAGAUCAGUCCCUUACAGAUAAGGAAAAGGAAAUAGCAGAACAUAGAGCCCAGAAAGAAGCAGCUGAGAGGGCAAAAGAAAUAGUGGGGGAAAACAACAGACGUUUAGAGAAAGACAUGGAAAAUCAGAAGCAAAGACUGGAAGAACAGAAGAAAAGCCUGGAGAAAAAAAUGAAAAAGGAGAAGAAAAAGAUCAUGGCACAAAAUGAAUGGAUGAUAAAGGAGAAGCUGAAGGAACAAGAGGAGAUGCUGAGAAAGGGAUUUAAAGCAGAAUAUGAAACGCUGAAAGAUCAAAUCACAGAUCUGAAGCAGCAAAAUGCUGCUGCUUUCAGCGGGUCUCUGAUUGGCGACAUUCUUGAUGUUAUUUUUCUGCCCAUCACUUUGUUAGGUAGGUUUUCUUUGCAUAACUGA